AUGGAUGCAACUGGCUAUGCAACAAAAUCUAUUGUACCAAGUUUUAUUGUACAAGAAGAAGGUUCAUAUAAAGUGUUUAUAUAUCUAAAUAUUCCUGAGUUAAAAGUGAAAAGAUCCUUUCGAAAUUUUUUAAAAUAUAUUCCGUCAAAUGGGCAUGUAAAAGUACUCGAUUUCCAAAAUCACGUUCAAACAAAACUAUAUUCAAUAUCAAUUGCACCAUUACCAGGAAAAAUUCAACCUGCACGUUGUUCAAUAAAGUAUCAACGUGUUGGAUGCUUGAUUACAUUAAUUAAAUUACACUCGACACCUUGGAUGAACAGAAUUUGGGACAAUCAUAGUCAUGGAUUGAAUAUUCAAGAAAAUAAUGAUUAUAGUCUACUGCCACCAGCUCCUCCUAAGAAAGUAAUAUUAAAAGAUACUGGUAUACCACCACCAUUGAAUUUAGUUCCUGUUGUAUCUUCUUUAUCGUCUCGGUCAACAAUGAAGAAGAAACGGGCACCACCACCGCCACCACCACUGCCAUUGAAUUUGGUUCCUGUUGUAUCUUCUUUAUCGUCGCAGUCAACAAUGAAGAAAAGGCCAGCACCAGCACCAGCACCAGCACCACCGCCACUACCAUUGAAUUUGGUUCAUGUUCGAUCUUCUUCAUCAUCUCAGUCAAUAAUAAAAAAGAGACCGGCACCGCCACCACCAACUAAUUCAAGAGCCAGCUCAACACUUAUUAUGACUUUAAAAACAAAAAUUGAAUAUUUACAUAUGUGUAUACGUCAAUGA